AUGCGUCCUUCACAGUCGGGCAAGCCAAAAGAGAUAUCCCAGCCUGGCCGUGACGAGAAACGGGAGAUAGGAACAAGACAAGAGAAAGGACAGGAGAAAGGGAAUGCUACGAUGAUGCCCUUCCUCUUACUCUCCCCGACCCAGCAUGUUCCCGCGCAGAACUACCAGCAGAAACCUCACACCCAUGUACGAUCACGCUCGCUUGCUACACCCUCCAGCGCUCCGGUCAUGGCCAGGGCACACUCUUCGCCCGGACUGGACUCUCGGGGCAGAUACGUCUUCCCCCAGAGUCCAGGGAAGCCGCUGAGCCCUCACGAGAUACCGCUACGACGCCCCAGUCCGCUGCGUACAUCGUUCGACGGGCCUACAUCGACCACCCAGGGCGGCUACGGCAUAACCAUCUCAGAACCCAUAUCCGAACAGCCAGAGCUGCAGGCUUCCCCCGUCUCGUAUACCAGUGGGAACAGGAUAAACGGCCGGUCGGUGUCUCCCUCCUGGUCACCGUCAAUCCACAACACUCUCCCCCGCGUCUCUCGCCGGCGGCCGUCCUCUCCCUUGCUCGCCAAUACAGCAGCGCAGGCUCAAUCCUAUUCCAUCCCGUCUCCGUCACGGCCCUCCCCGAUCAUCCUGCCGGCCAAGUUCAACGAGCCCUACCCAAUCUACUCCUUCUCGUCCGGUUCCUCGAUCUCAAUGCCUUCCACUCCCUCGAGUAUCCGGUCUCGGUCUCCCAGCAUAUCCUCUCUCGAAACAAUACCUGACAUCCCUGACGCGGAGGCGGCGGCCAUCGAGGCCGAUCAGAUAGCCAGGCUAAAGGCCGCCGCCGACAAGGCAGAUGCUGCUGCUGACGCCGGCGGUUUCUCGUCAGACCCCAAGAGACGGAGCGCCAUCGACAUGUCGUCUCCGGGCUCCCGUUUUGGCUCUGGUUGGGCUGAUAAGCGGAAACGAUGGAGUGUCUGUGGAGCUGAAGGCAGACAGGACCUUGACCUCGAAACAAUAUGGGAGGACUAG